GCCCCCUCCACUCGGCCUGCAAGCUUGCUCAUUGUCCGAUUGGCCUGACGAGUUGGCCAGAUAUUUAUUUUUAAAUAUAUUUAUACACACGCCAGUCAUAUUAGAUACAUUACUGAUUUGGGACAGUUGUGUAGCUGCAAACAUGAGCAAAAGAAAAGCACCACAAGAAACUCUGAAUGAGGGAAUCACCGACUUUCUCAUCGAGUUGGCCAAUUACGAAAGAAACGUGAAUAGGGCGGUCCAUAAAUACAAUGCUUACAGGAAAGCCGCGGCUUCAAUUAGCAAAUACCCCAAUAAAAUCAAAAGUGGAACAGAGGCUAAGAAAUUGGACGGAGUUGGAAAAACUAUCGCAGAGAAGAUUGACGAGUUCCUGACUACAGGAAAACUGCGUAAAAUAGAGAAGAUCCGCGGUGAUGAAACCAGCUCUUCAAUCAACUUCCUCACGAGAGUCACAGGCAUUGGGCCGGCUGCUGCAAGGAAGUUUUUUGAGGACGGCGUAAAGACUUUGGAAGAUCUGAAGAAUAUUGAACACAAGCUCAAUCACCACCAACAGAUUGGCCUGAAGUACUUUGAGGACUUUGAGAAGCGUAUUCCUCGUGUGGAGAUGCAGAAGAUGGAGGUCCAUAUUCUGAAGGAGCUGGAUGUGGUGGACCCUGUGUACAUUGGCACCAUCUGUGGAAGCUACAGGAGAGGUGCAGAGUCGAGUGGUGAUAUUGAUAUCCUGCUGACCCACCCGGACUACACCUCCGAGACAGAGAAACAGCCCAAGCUGCUGCAUGCAGUGGUGGAACAUCUGGAGUCCAUUGGCUUUAUCACUGAAACACUGUCCAAGGGAGACACUAAAUAUAUGGGCGUGUGUCAGAUGCAGUUAAAGGAUGAUCCAGAAGCAACAGAGGAGUACCCUCACAGACGCAUUGACAUCAGGAUCAUUCCUAAGGAUCAGUAUUUCUGUGGAGUGCUGUACUUCACAGGCAGCGACGUCUUCAACAAACACAUGAGGACCCACGCGCUGGACAUGGGCUUCACCCUCAAUGAGUACACCAUCCGCCCACUAGGGGUCACCGGUAUGGCUGGGGAGCCCUUGCUGGUGGACAGUGAAAAGGACAUCUUUGACUACAUACAGUGGAAAUACAGAGAACCCAAGGAUCGCAUUGAAUAAGUCCAAGACAGAAAGAGGGAAGCGAAAGAUGGAUAAAAGAGAUGUCGGAAUGAGUUUGUGAAUCAGUAUUUUCUCUAGCCUUAUUCAUGUUUAUUUAAGUCAUGUUUCCCAUAUUGAAGUAUGCCUGCCUGGUUGUAUGUGAGUGAGUGACUGAGUGAGUAGCAAAGUGUAUGUGUGUGUGCAUACUAGGUAUUUUUUUCUCGGGUUGGAUUAAGGGUUUAUACCAGUCACAGAUUCCAAGGAUUUCACACAAAUGUACUGUACACAGGAGUAUUCUGUGUGUCGACGUCUUCAUUGCUCAUGACUACCUACGGUCCUGGAUAUAAUCUGGAGAACUUCAGAGACACAGCAACAUGGAGCCCCACACACCCACACUAGGAAAUUAUGUCAACCACGCAGUCACUUCUGGUCCUCUAGCCAUUCCUGUAGCAGAGGCAGAGGAUGGAGGCUGAACCAGCAUCUCAGUCUCCUGUGUCACUCCUGAGCCCACACACACACACAUACACACACAGAGUUUAGACCCUUGUGACGUUGUGAGACAGGGAGCAAUGAGUAAGUGGAUAAGUGAACAGAAGACUGGAAGACCUGGAAGAUCAGAACUUCUCAACUCCUUCAUCUUAACAGCUUCCCAAUUGUUGCAAUGUGUCUGUGCAAAGAGAUUUAGUCAGCGUAAAGCCCGCCUAGCAACACCGCCUGGUCAGACUGCAAAGCUGAGUUUUAGUUUGAUGUAAUGUUAUGAUGGUGAAGUGGUUUGCUUAUUUUAUUUGAAAUCUUUUAAAGUGCUGCAGUCAGCAAUCAUGGAUGUAACAUGAAGACAGCAGGAUCAGUGGAGGUGACGUUACCUUGUUAAGAGAACACAAUGUGAAAACAGAGGGGCUAAGAAAAAAGGAAGAAUGGUGUGAUAUCUACUAUGACAUUUGUUACAGUCAAUAUUUCUAAUUUUGUUAGUGAAAUGUUUAAUGAAACAUUUUAUUUAAUGUGUGACUAUGGGAAGUGUGUGAUGAAUAAUAAUUAAAAAAAAUGAAAAUAGCUUAUGUACAGACUGAUACAAUAA